AUGCCGCCGCUCGCUGAUUGUCGCUUCUUCAGAUUCAUAAUCCCCAACAUGGAGAAUCAAAUUAGAUUACCGGUGGCCUUCUCCAACGUUGUACGGGAUAACAUGAGCAACCCCGUCGAGGUAAUCACCACAAAUGGUCAGUCGUGGAGCAUCUCGUGGGUUGUGGAGGAGGGGCAUCCGCAUCAAAUCGUAUUCACCGGAGGCUGGCGAGCCUUUUACGAACACUACCACCUUCGAAUCGGUGACUCAAUGCUACUAUCGUAUCACCAACCGAAGUUUUUCUAUGUGGCCAUCCACGACACAAGAUACUGCGAGAUCAACUACGGAAGAAACUUGCGAAACGGAAGUCUUCCAGCAAUACCCGCACAUGGCAACUAUACAGUCUAG